CACUCAUUUUAUUUAUGGAAUGGAAGCGAAGCGCCUUGCGGCGGGUGAUUUGUUGAUUUUGUGUUUCAUUGGUGUUUUAUAAUAAAUAAAGAAUAUUAACGUGGCCUAGGAGAUCUUUCGCGUAAUAUUAGAAUAUAAAAUAAUUCAAAAAGAUCUGAAAAUGUCGAGCACUUCACAAAAGCAUCGCAACUUCGUUGCCGAACCUAUGGGCGAAAAGCCCGUUACAGAACUUGCAGGUGUCGGCGAAGUUUUGGGACGAAGACUUGAAACUGCCGGGUUUGACAAGGCAUAUGUUGUAUUGGGUCAGUUCUUGGUCUUGAAGAAAGAUAAGGAAUUAUUUCAGGAAUGGAUGAAAGAAACAUGUAAUGCCAACUCCAAGCAGUCAUUAGACUGCUAUCAGUGCUUGAAAGACUGGUGUGAUGAGUUCUUGUAAAUUAAGUAACAAGUGUAUUGUCGACAUAACAUUUUCAUAAAAUGUAAAUAAUGUAUUGUAUAAGUAGACCUGCAUUUGGUCUUUGUAUGUAAUUUUUUCUUAAUUUUGAUUUAUCUACCACAAAAUUUACCUAUAGCUGAAAUAUUCUCACAGCAUAAAAAUAUUGUUUAUAUACUUAAUUGUACUGUCUCAGGAAUAAUAUUUUUGUAAGUACAUAGUUUACAUGUUAUAUAGUGCCUAAAGCACACUAAUAAUCUUAACCAAAGUGGUAAUUCCAUGGUUUCAUUAUAGUAAACGAAAAAACA